UAUUUUUCAAAGUUAUCAUAUGACGGGUACGUUUUCUUUUUUAAAAUACAAAAUUCUCUUCGUAUUGUGAUUUUUACCAUUAAUAAAUAAAUACGUUUACAAUAUUGUAUUGAUAAUAAUUUUAAUACACUGAGUUGUUCAAUCUUACCUGUUGUAUAGUUACAAGUUACAUUACUCAUUAUUAAACUUAAUAGGUAGGUACAUUUUAAUUUUUAAUGAAAAUAUGAAUUCAACUCACGAGUUGAGGUUAAAUUUAAAAAAUGUAUUAUAAGGAGAUUGGAUACCUACCCAUAAUUUAUUUAUUUCGGAUUUGAAUGCAGCUUAAAAUUAACAUGAGAUUGUUCAGGCCACUUUUUUAAAUUUAAUUUUAGUCUUCUACAAUAUAUUUUUAUAAUUUUCAAAUCAAACUUUUAGAAAUUAAAGAAAUUAGUCUAGAUAGCUAUGAUGCGUAGGUAUGUGUUGGAUAAAGAAAGAAAAUAUUGAUAUCAAAUCUCCUUAAGAUAGUAUAAGACCUAUGUUUUCUUCGCAAAAUUAAUAAUUAUCCUUGUAUUAGAUAUGCAUAUUUUAGUGAUGUUUAAUAAUAUAUAUAUAUAUAUUACAAAAGUAAGAAAAUCUUAGUUAGUUUCAUUUUUACUUAACUUUUAGCACGCCUAUUUGUUAUUGAUGGAACUUAAAUCGAUGACCUAUUGCAACAAUAUAAUCAAAGAAGUGGACACAUUUUUAUUCAAUAUGCCUGUUGAAUAUUCUUUGGGACACUGUGUGGCCAGAGACAUGCGUAUGAGUUCCGGUAUCGCCGUCUAUUUCAAGUUAGUAGUGAAAUAUCAACCGUAAUUAUUAUUUUCAAGUGUAUGUAUACUAAAUUACAGGUCUAUUUUUGGGAGGGUUGGCGAAUUGAUGGACCAAAGACCUAAUGUUGGUAAUGUUGCUUAUUUACAACAAAAUGAUAGAUUUAUUUAUUAUUUGAUAACAAAGAAUAUUAGUACCCAGAAACCAAAUUAUAAUACUAUAACUGCGGCCAUUAAAAAAUUACGAGAUUUUGUCGUAGUACACGGUGUUAAAAAAUUAGCUAUACCGCGUAUCGGUUGUGGUCUUGAUAAAUUGGACUGGCUUCUAGUAAAAGAAAUCAUUGGUCGUAUGUUUAAAGAUGUUGGUUGUAAGAUCAAAGUUUGUCAUUUCACACAAGUAAGUUAAAUUCAAAUUUGAUUGUGUUAAAUAUUUUUAAUCUAGCUAAAAUCGAACCAAUGGUUUAAUUUCUAAAUAGAGCUUGACUGAAGAAAAGCUAUCACUUAAAAUAAAUCAUCCAAAAGUUAUAAGAUGGUUUCAAAGCAUCAACGAUAUAGAUAAGCGAGAAUUUGAAAAAUUAAACUUUAUAUUAUUUUCUCAUCAAACUACUUCUACGGCAUAUUGGGAUCAUCGUUUUCAAGUAGUCAAUGAAAAAUAUCGCUUUAAAUCACAAUAUUUUAAAGAUUAUGAAGCAAAUCUUGAAGUUGGUCAAUGUUUGCAUUACGAUACAACAGAAGCUCAUGUAUACAUCAUCGUUAUAAAUGAAAAUUCAACAGAUCUAUUUUCUUAUCGAAAUUUAGAAAAAGGACUUAAUAAAAUAACCAAUAUGAUAGAAAACAUUCAAUGGCACCCAACAUUCAUAGUGCAGAAAAUGAAUACUCAAAUGGAUCAAACAAUAUCUGAAGAUUUAAUUAACGAAAAAGUUAUAUCCUUAAUUAGUUCUACAUUUUUAAUAUUAACUCCAUGUGUAAUUAUUGAAAUUUGAUAAUUAUUAUAUGGUUUAGAAUUAAGAAAUUUUUAAACUUAAGGAAAACUUUUCAAUUUCACUCGCUGGAUGUUGUUUAUUACAUCUAGACAAUUGUGUUUUAAAACAUGAUACUGAAAUAUUAAGUAUAAACACUUUAUAAAAUUGAGUUGUAAUCUUAAUGUAUGUAUUUUGAUAAUUUGCUGUUAGUAGUUCAGUGUAUAUUUUAUUAAAUAAAUUAUAUUGAUU